AUGUCUCCUUUUAUCUCAAAGAUGAUUGCUACUGUUCUCCGUCGGUUGAGGGAUCCCGACUCGGUUGUACGAUCCACUUGCGUCGACGCUGUUGCUGAGAUGUCGUCGCGCAUCACUCGUCCUUCGUUCACCGUUGCGUUCCUGAGGCCGUUUAUGGACGCGUUAACGCUGGAGCAGGACGUGAAUGUGCAGAUCGGCACUUCGCUGUGCCUUGCGGCGGCUAUUGAUGCAGCGCCGGUGCCGGACGUUGAGUCGCUCCGGAGGAUUACGCUUCCGAGGCUAGGGAAGCUUCUGAAGACUGACUCGUGUAAGGCGAUAGCGGAAGCGAGUAAAGAGUGGGGAAUGUUUCAAAUUUUGAACCAUGAGAUUCCAAAUGAUGUUAUAAGAAAGUUGCAAAGUGUUGGUAAAGAGUUCUUUGAGUUACCACAAGAGGAAAAAGAGGUUAUUGCUAAACCUGUUGGAUCGAAUUCGAUUGAAGGGUAUGGGACUAGUCUUCAGAAAGAGGUGAAUGGGAAGAAAGGUUGGGUGGAUCAUUUGUUUCAUAUCAUUUGGCCACAUUCUUCUGUUAAUUAUCGUCUUUGGCCUAACAAACCUGCUUCUUACAGCAUACUUAUUGGCAAAAAUGACGAGUUCCUAAAGAAAGGAAGCGAACCAGUUCUUGUAAUAGAAUCCAAGGGUCAUGCUCUCCAUGCUUUUGUGAAUCAGAAAUAUCAAGGCACUGCAUAUGGAAAUGGUUCACACUCACCAUUCACUUUCAAGAAUCCCAUCUCUCUCAAGGCAGGGAAGAAUGAAAUUGCGUUAUUGAGUUUGACAGUUGGCUUGCAGACAGCUGGACCAUUUUACGAGUUCGUAGGGGCGGGAGUAACAACUGUAAAGAUUAAUGGACUUAACAACAAGACGAUAGACUUGUCGUCUAAUGCGUGGACUUACAAGAUUGGAGUACAAGGAGAACAUCAAAGGUUACACCUGGUAGAUGGGUUGAAUAAUACGAAAUGGACAUCUACUUCAGAAGCACCAAAAGGCCAGGCACUGACAUGGUACAAGGCUACUGUGGAUGCCCCACCUGGGGAUGAACCAGUUGGGUUUUAA